CGCCCCCGCCGCCGCCCGGGGGUCUCGGCGUGAAGGGGCCGGAGCGGAGCGGCCGCGCCAUGAACUACCAGCAGCAGCUGGCGAACUCGGCAGCCAUCCGGGCCGAGAUCCAGCGCUUCGAGUCGGUGCACCCCAACAUCUACUCCAUCUACGAGCUGCUGGAGCGGGUGGAGGAGCCCGUGCUGCAGAACCAGAUCCGCGAGCAUGUCAUCGCCAUCGAAGAUGCCUUUGUGAACAGCCAGGAAUGGACACUGAGCCGCUCUGUGCCCGAGCUGAAAGUGGGGAUCGUGGGGAACCUGGCGAGCGGGAAGUCGGCGCUGGUGCACCGCUACCUGACCGGCACCUAUGUCCAGGAGGAGUCACCUGAAGGUGGGAGAUUCAAGAAGGAGAUAGUGGUUGAUGGACAGAGCUACCUGCUGCUGAUCAGAGAUGAAGGAGGCCCUCCAGAGGCACAGUUUGCCAUGUGGGUGGAUGCUGUUAUCUUUGUGUUCAGCUUGGAGGAUGAGGUCAGCUUCCAGACCGUUUACCACUACUACAGCCGCAUGGCCAGCUAUCGCAACACCAGCGAGAUCCCCAUGGUCCUGGUGGGCACCCAGGAUGCCAUCAGCUCCACCAACCCCCGUGUCAUCGACGAUGCCAGAGCCAGGAAGUUGUCCAAUGACCUCAAGAGAUGCACUUACUACGAGACCUGCGCGACCUACGGGCUCAACGUGGAGAGAGUCUUCCAUGACGUUGCCCAGAAGAUCGUUUCCACCAAGAAGAAGCAGCAGCUCUCAAUCGGACCCUGCAAAUCUCUGCCCAACUCUCCGAGCCACUCCUCCGUGUGUUCUGCCCAGGUUUCUGCCGUACAUAUCAGCCAGACCAGUAAUGGAGGAGGGAGUUUAAGUGAUUAUUCCUCCUCUGUCCCAUCAACUCCAAGCACCAGCCAGAAGGAGCUGCGGAUUGAUGUUCCUCCCACUGCCAACACUCCAACUCCUGUCCGUAAACAGUCCAAGCGCCGCUCCAACCUCUUCACGUCUCGGAAAGGGAGUGACCCAGACAAAGAGAAGAAGGUCCUGGAGAGCAGAACAGACAGCAUUGGAAGCGGCCGUGCAAUCCCAAUUAAACAGGGGAUGCUGCUGAAGCGGAGUGGCAAGUCCCUGAACAAGGAGUGGAAGAAGAAGUACGUGACACUGUGUGACAAUGGCGUGCUGACCUACCACCCCAGCCUGCACGAUUACAUGCAGAAUGUUCAUGGCAAAGAGAUUGACUUGCUGAGAACCACUGUGAAGGUCCCUGGCAAGAGGCCACCCCGAGCCACCUCAGCCUGUGCCCCCAUCUCCAGCCCCAAAACCAACGGCCUCUCCAAAGACAUGAGCAGUUUACACAUCUCGCCAAAUUCAGGGAACGUGACUACUAGCACAUCUGUGUCUCAGAUGGCCAGUGGGAUCAGUCUGGUGUCCUUCAACAGCCGCCCGGACGGUUUGCACCAGCGCUCCUACUCGGUCUCCAGUGCAGAUCAGUGGAGUGAGGCCACAGUCAUUGCCAACUCUGGCAUUAGCAGUGACACGGGCCUGGGAGAUUCAGUGUGCUCCAGCCCCAGCAUCUCCAGCACCACCAGCCCCAAGCUGGACCCCCCUCCUUCCCCCCACGCCAACAGAAAGAAGCACCGCCGGAAGAAAAGCACAAGCAACUUCAAAGCUGAUGGCAUCUCGGGCACGGCUGAGGAGCAAGAAGAGAACUUUGAGUUUAUCAUUGUCUCUCUCACGGGCCAGACUUGGCACUUUGAAGCAACCACCUAUGAAGAGAGGGAUGCAUGGGUCCAAGCCAUAGAGAGCCAGAUCCUGGCCAGUUUACAGUCCUGUGAGAGCAGCAAGAACAAGUCGCGUCUGACCAGUCAGAACGAGGCCAUGGCCCUGCAGUCCAUCAGGAACAUCAGAGGCAACUCCCACUGCGUGGACUGCGAGGCACAGAACCCCGACUGGGCCAGCCUCAACCUGGGAGCCCUCAUCUGCAUCGAAUGCUCAGGUAUCCACCGCAACCUCGGCACGCACCUGUCCCGCGUGCGCUCCCUGGACCUGGACGACUGGCCCAUCGAGCUCAUCAAGGUCAUGUCAGCCAUUGGCAACGAGCUGGCCAACAGUGUGUGGGAGGAGAACAGCCAAGGCCACGUGAAGCCUUCCCCAGACUCCACCAGGGAAGAAAAAGAGCUCUGGAUACGCGCCAAGUACGAGCAGAAGCUCUUCCUCGCCCCUCUGCAGUGCCUGGAGCUCUCUCUGGGCCAGCACCUCCUGAGGGCCACGGCUGAGGAGGACUUGAGGACGGUGAUCCUGCUGCUGGCCCACGGCACGCGGGACGAGGUCAACGAGACCUGCGGCGACGGCGACGGGCGCACGGCCCUGCACCUGGCCUGCCGCAAGGGCAACGUGGUGCUGCUGCAGCUCCUCAUCUGGUACGGCGUGGACGUGAUGGCGCGCGACGCCCACGGGAACACGGCGCUGGCCUACGCCCGGCAGGCCUCCAGCCAGGAGUGCAUCGACGUGCUGCUGCAGUACGGCUGCCCCGACGAGCGCUUCGCCCUCAUGGCCACCCCAAACCUGUCCAGGAAGAACAACAACCGCAACAACAGCGGCGGGAGGAUGCCCACCAUCAUCUGAGGGGAGCGCCUUGGCUGAGCCCGGCGGCAGCCGCAGCCUCACAUUCCUCCAUCGCCAUCGCAGCUCCGCUCUGUGAGUCCGCUGCCUCUCCUCCUCCUCCUCCCUUUUCCCUGCGGUCCAUCCCG